GGUCGGAGGAAGAGAUUAUAGAGAACUUCCUAUUUAAUGUGGACCCAAGUCUCGGUAGGGAAGUUAAGGAAACUCGACCGAAGGAUGGGAAAUGAACUACGUACAAGAAGAACCUCGUUGAGCUUUACAAAUUGGAGGAUAACAAGUAUUCCAUCAAUGACCUUGAAACAAUGACUCAAGAUGAAGAUGAGAGCGUACGGGCAUUUGGGAUGCGUUUCCAGAAGAUCUCCGACGUGCUGAUGAAGAAGGGGAAGAUCUCAGAGGUCGAGCGCUGUACUAUCUUCAUCGGACACUUGUCCAAAGGUAGGCAAAAGAGUAUACUUACAGAUCUUCCGCGCGACAGGCUUGAUUUCCUAGAAGUCCUAAAGCUCGCGAUAAAGGCAGAGGCAGACAAUUACAAAGACUUGGUGUGGAGAGGGAUGAGGAGACGUGACUUCUCUCUCUACAAGGAGUAUGCCACUGAUAGAUGUCCUGAUUUCAAGGACUAUCCCUGGUCGGAGAAGAAUGAGGUCGUGGCUGAGGAAGUGAAGGAGAUACGGGACAUGGUGAAGGGAUUGACGAGACAGAAGGAGAAGGAAGAAGUUAUCGCUUUCCUGAAAGAAAAGAUGGUUUCCCACGUUGCGGAGCCGUCUGAUAGCGCUUAUGCUAAUCGAUGGUUCUUCCUACGAAAGCCGAAUGGCAAGAUCCGAUGGAUCCAGGACCUUCAAAAGGUCAACGCGGUGACUAUACGAGAUGUGGGCUCCGUGCCACACGCCGAUUUACUGGCAGAAGGCGCCGCAGGUAGGUCGAUUUAUUCGGUUUGUGAUCUGUUAUCAGGUUAUGAUGAGGUACCGCUUGACCCUAGAGAGAGGCACCUCACGGCUAUGCAUAUGCCAUUGAGACUGAUACAGAUGAUGGUUAUCCCUAUGGAUUGGACUAAUGGUGUAACCGUUUUUCAGAGAGCCAUGGUAGCCAUCCUCAAGGACUUCAUCCCUGAUAAGGUUGAAGUUUUUCUGGAUCACUUUCCUAUAAAAGGGCCAGUAAACAAGGAUGAGGCAGAGGUUGCACCUGGAGUUAGAAGAUUCGUCGAGCAGCACCUGACUAUUAAGAUCCUGGGCUUUAUCUGUGACUCGAGGGGACGCCAAGCAGAUCCGGCGAAGUUAGACAAACUCCUGAACCGGCCGUCACCAUUACAUAGUCCAACCAAGAUCCGGCAGUUUCUGGGAGUGGUCGGUUACUGGCGAAUAUUCAUACGAGGGUAUGCAGAGAAGGCUGAGCCAUUGAGACUACUCCUUCGAAAAACUGAGAAAUUCUACUGGGAUUCCUCGCAGGAACUCGCUAUGCAAGAGCUUAAAGAUGAAUUUAAGGAGGGAGGACGCGUACUGGGUGUGCCGUACUUUGAUGAUGAGGCUGGGAGACCCUUCAUAGUAGCCACGGAUGCUAGACCUUGUUCGGUAGGAGGGUUGUUGUCUAAGAAGGACGCUGAAGGGAAGGAAAGACCGUUGAGAUUUGAGAGUAGGACACGUAAUACGACAGAGCGAAACUACAGUCAAUUCAAGAAGGAAGUAUUAGUUGUUCUGCGGUGUCUAGACACGUUCAGACAUUAUAUCUACGGACGACGGUUCAUCUUGAGAGUGGAUCCCGCCGCGGUCGCCUCUGUCCUCCAGAAGGACUUUAGCCUGACAGACCCGACCAUUGCACGAUGGUUAAUAUGGAUUUGACUAUAUGAUUACACAGUAGAGAGGAUAUCUGGCACUAAAAAUGUCGUAGCGGAUGGACUCUCUCGGAUCCCUCUUGAGGGAGAGCGCCCGAUAG